AUGCAGCCCUCCACCUUGAGUGCGAUUAAACGCGAUGACGGCCCUGGCAGUUGGGGUACCGGCAUCGCCGCUAGGACGCCGACCCUGAGGCUGUUCAAGCUCGCGCUUCUUCACACGGACGACCUCGUCCUGGAGAACGAGCUCCCGGAUUCCAUUGCCUUUGUCAACCAGUCCAUUUCCGAGAUUCGCCACGCGUCGUGGACAGGGACCGAGGCUGUCACCACAUACCUGAAACGUUUGUGGGCAGACGCGGAUCGCCGUAUCAAAGACGAACUGCAAGAAAAAAACGUCGCCGUCGCCGAGGAAGAUAUGUGCUUUCUGUUCACCAACCCGGCUGUGUGGAGUGACGAGACAGUCAGCCGGAUGAAGAAAGCCAUCGAGGCGUCCAACGUGGUUCGCGCAGACGCUCGAUGUGGAUUCAUGGAUGAGCCUAAGGCGGCAGCACUGGCCGUCAUCCCCCAGCUACAGAGCCAUCGUCCACUGCAGAAAGGUCAGACAGUUGUCAUUGCUGAUCUCGGUGGAGGCACCGCGGAUUUCAUUUCCUACUACAUCGAUACUGUCACGCCGCUCUGUGUUGGAGAAUGCGUCGCUGGGGAAGGCCGACUCCUCGGGGACAUGUUCAUGCGCCGCGCCCUAUACUCCUUGGUCACCAGGGAAGUCGAACGCACCGUGAGGAGCGAGGUGAAGGGGAGUGAUUUGGGCAAGGUUGAAGCCCAGGCCGAGGAGCUGUGGCUGUGGUCGCGCUCCAGGCCUGCCACAACUUUGUGCACCGAGACCCGCACCCUCAAUUUCCAACUCCAUGACGGAACCAAUCUGCCGGUCGUUGUUCAAGGCGGCGAUAUUGUCAACGAGUUUCGAACGAUUACCGACCGCGUCAUAGAACUCGCCAAAAGCCAAAUGCGCGCAGUCCGUGAAGAAACUGAUCGGUGGCCGGAUGUACUGGUUGUCGUUGGCGGCUUUGGACGCAACAAGUUUCUCGAAGCCGAGAUGAGGCGUGAUCCCCUCCUCGCCCCACGCGUCGAGAUUACAGGCGAACAGGGACAACUCGCGGUGAAGAACGGUGCCGCGAUCGCCUGCGUCGCGAGGUUUGGCGGCGACGACGCCGGCACGGGAUCGGCAGUAUCCCCUCUCGCCCCCGAGGCCCCGAUGAAGAUUGUAUCCCUCAUCCCUUCCCAGAGUUACGGCUACUGGGAUGGCGUGAGGCCGAAGGGACAAAUUAGCUGGUUCAUCAGGAAGGGUCGUAAGAUGUCCGCCGCGCCGUUGGUGAUCCCCCUAAUCCCUGAGGCCUUCCGUGAGAGGGAAGAGGCCGGUUGCCCUUCCAUCCCCAUCUACCGCGUCUGUAAACCAACAGAACAGUCCUCGGCCAUACCCAACACAAACGGGGUGGUCACUCAACAGUGCCAAAUCCUAUGCAAGCGGCGUGAGCUUUUGGAUUUGAACCCGCCCCCGCGGGUGGAGUUGAGGGUGGAAAAGGUUGGGAGGGUCAUGGACUUCCAGGUGUUGAUCGAAGGAUAUCCGGACGGCGACCGGUAUUUCCGUGUGCAGGGCUGGUAGGCGCAUGCUGGACUUGCUGCGGUGAUGGUGAUGUACAGAGAUGUCUACGAUUAUGAUUUAGAUUGGUAGCGAAUAAUUGCAUGACACACGGAGUUUCCCAUGAUGUGUUGCAACCGGAACCCAGGUUUUGGUCCCUCGGGCCCGUGAGCUG